UUGACUUUUAUUUAAUUUUGUAAAAUAUUAGUAAAAUUUGUAUUUUUUAUCCUUGUUCUAAAAUUAUCUUACUUAUUUAUGUAGUCCUUUUUAAUGGAUAAAAAAUAUUUCAAAGGUAAUCGUCGCUCAGAGCUCCAAGAGCUCCGACACGAGCUUCAAACCACAGAUAAAGAUAAACAAAAAGAAGCAAUUAAAAAGGUUAUAUGCGCAAUGACGACAGGAAAGGAUGUUUCCACGCUAUUUCCAGAUGUUGUAAACUGUAUCCAAACCAAUAACAUCGAACUUAAGAAGCUCGUUUAUCUUUACGUAAUUAACUACGCUAAAGUCCAACCUGAACUGGCAAUCCUCGCUGUUAAUACGUUCUGUAAAGAUUCAACCGAUCGCAAUCCCUUAAUUAGAGCACUUGCAAUAAGGACAAUGGGAUAUAUCAGACUAACAGCAAUAACAGAGUAUUUAAUUGAGCCACUCAAAAGGUCAAAAAAUGACCCUGACCCUUAUGUUAGGAAAACGGCCGCAAUUUGCAUAUCUAAACUAUAUGGUAUAUCCCCAACCAUGGUUCACCAGGAAGGCCUGCUGGAAGUAUUACAGGGAAUGUUAUCAGACCAGAACCCGAUGGUGAUAUCUAACGCAGUGGCUACACUAAUGGAGAUAUCAGAACUCUCAAACGAUAACCUCUUCGUUACUAUUCUGAACAAGGAUAGGGCAUUGUUGGACAGGCUUUUAAGCGUGUUAAACGAGUGUAUCGAAUGGGGACAGGUAUACAUCCUUGACGCGCUGGUAUAUUAUAACCCACCAGAUUCCGAACAUGCAAGAAAGGUGAUAGACGCAGUAUGUCCACGUUUCUCGCAUAUUAACCCGGCCGUCGUAAUGUCAGCCAUCAAGGUGGUGGUCAAGAUGAUGAAUAUGGUUACGGAUAAGGAAUAUUUAAGGGUUGUAGGGUCGAAGCUGUCAGCUCCACUAGUAACGCUUUCUUCACUCGAUCCAGAGAUCCAGUAUGUAUCACUCCGAUCAAUUCUGGUUGUAAUCUCAAAGUACCCGAGGUUACUUGAGGACCAGGUGAGGUCGUUUUUCUGCAAGUGCACUGACCCCCUAUACGUGAAUAUAGAAAAGCUGGAUAUCAUGGUAAAGCUGGCAAAUUCCUCAAACUAUUCACUUAUUCUGAACGAGUUGCGCGAAUACGCCACGGAUGUUGACCUCGAGUUUGUCAGACGCUCAAUUAGAGCAAUUAGCACACUUUGUAUAAGGCUGGAGUUGGCUUUAAAUUCAUGUGUCAACGCAUUAACAGACCUACUCAGGCUCAAAAUAAAUUAUGUUACUGAGGAAUGCACAAUAGCACUUCGUGAUAUUCUCCGUACGUACCCGAAGGUUUUCUCGUAUGAACUGUUCCAGCUGUGCUCAGACGUUGAGGACAUUUACCGCUCAGAAGCUAAAGCAGCACUGGUUUGGAUCGUGGGUCAGUAUGCGUCAGAGAUUGAGGACUCCUCAGAGUACAUAUCAAACCUCUCGGAAACAUUCCACGACGAGUCACACUCAGUUCAGCUCAGCCUCUUAACAGCGGCGAUGAAGGUACACCUGUCAUCUGAGGACAAAAAUGACCUCAUAUCGCAUGUUAUACAUAGGUGCGGAAUUGAGAGCCGAAACCCAGAUGUCAGAGAUCGAGCAUACAUGUACUUGAGGCUCCUGGAUUCCGGAACCAAAGUCGCGUCAAAAGUGGUGCUUUCACCUCUUCCACCAGUGGGUGAAGGAACACUUGAUAAGAACAUACUAGAUGACCUUCUUGAGAAUCUAGGCAGAGUUUCAUCAGUUUACCACUUACCCUCAUGGGCAGUUGCCUUCAAAGAUUCACUUUCCUCUUCACAGCCGAAGCUAAAGUACGUGCCAAAACAGGAUUCAAGUGAUGAUGAUUUAACUCAGAAUAAUGAUUACUUCUUGAAUUCCAGGGAUAAACCAUACGUACCAGAUGUGGAUGAUCAGGAAACAUUCUCGAAUCGUUUACCAGGUUACUUCUGUACUCCCCAAGUCGUUCUAUCAUCUUCACAAAGAGGCGUUAAUGGCCAGUUAGGACUGGAAAUUACAGCCUUUCUAUGCAGACAAGAGGAUAGAAUUUCACUUCAAAUGAGGCUUCUUAACAACUCUUCGUCACUUUACGAACUCCUAGCAAUGCAGUUUAACAAGAAUUCUUUUGGUCUUGCACCUUCGCCCCUUAGGUCACCUCUGACGGUUCAACCUGGGAAGACCGCCGAGUGUCAAGUCCCACUCGUUCCAAACCACAUUCCAUCAAACACUGCUCCUGAUGACCCAAUCACCAUCCAGGUAGCAAUUAAGACUAAUCUGGACGUUUUCUACUUUUUUGUAUCAUACGACUUGCCUGUGGUUUUCAAGCACGAAGCGAAGGUCUCAAGGUCGGACUUUGAGUCCUUGUGGGUGAGACUCCAGCCUAAGGACUUUAACCAUAACUACUACUAUAAGUAUAGUAACCCAAGGAACACUGAUGCCAACAGAGGUAUAGUUAAGGCCCUGCAAAGCUAUGGACUAUAUCACGUUGGCGUUGGGCUCUGCGGAGACCGAGGAUCAGAUUCUGACUUCUUUUACGCUCUUACCACAAACUCUCUUGCCAUUUUAACCAAGUUUACACGGGACACAUUCACAGUUAAAUGCGAGUCAUCCACAGUUCUGAUGCUGUUUGCAAAGGCUGUUGAGAAAAUGCUUUCUUAAUAUUUUAUUAUACAUGA